AUGGCCCUCUUAACCACUCUGGGGCUCACUCUCGGGCUCACCUCCACGCCCCCGGGACUGACAGUCCCUAACCUAGGCCCAGCGGCACUGGCGUUCAACUUCAUCUUCGCCUACGGGCUGCUCUCCAGCCGCACUCUCAAGCAAUACUAUGGGAUCGACCACAACGUUUCGCCGCGCGAGGACAUCGCCAAGUACGGCGACGCCGCGGUGCAGUCCGGCAAGAUCUCGAAAAAGACACUGGACAUAAUCAAGCGCAACGAGAGCGCGCAUGCCAACGCGGUCGAGAACUACGCGCUUCUGGUUGGAGCGGUCGCGAUGGCGACGGUGGCUGGAGUUCAGAGGGUCAGUAUUAACCGGGCCGUGGUGUUGUAUACGCUUGCGAGGACGGCUUGUCGCACCUCAGAGGAGUGUGCUGGUGGGUGGGCAAUCUAUGCUGCUUGA